AACUUUCAAAGCACCUCUCUUAAUAUAAUCAUCAUCGGUAUUUACACAUUCCACACAAGAGAAAAAUAAAUUAUUGCAAAUCAGAGCAAUUCAAAUCAAAUUAUUACAAAAAAGAAAAUGGGAGGGAUGGAAUUGCAAUUUCCAGCUGGAUUUAGAUUCCAUCCAACUGAUGAAGAGCUUGUGAUGCACUAUCUAUGUCGAAAAUGUGCGGCACAGCCCAUUGCUGUUCCCAUUAUAGCUGAAAUUGAUUUGUACAAGUACAACCCAUGGGAUCUUCCUGAUUUGGCGUUGUAUGGGGAGAAAGAGUGGUACUUCUUUUCACCGCGAGAUCGAAAGUAUCCAAACGGGUCACGCCCGAAUCGAGCUGCAGGAAACGGGUACUGGAAAGCGACAGGUGCGGAUAAGCCAAUUGGUCGUCCGAAGGCGAUGGGAAUUAAGAAAGCAUUGGUAUUUUACGCAGGCAAAGCUCCCAAAGGAGAAAAGACUAAUUGGAUUAUGCACGAAUAUCGCCUUGCUCAUGUCGAUCGAUCUGCUCGUAACAAGAAUAAUAGUUUAAGGCUGGAUGAUUGGGUGUUAUGUCGAAUAUACAAUAAGAAGGGUACAAUCGAGAAGAAACAAUUCAAUCCUCAAAAAACAAAUAUCGGAAUGUCGCCACCUGCAAGCGAAAUAGAUAUGAAGCCAAAAAUUCUUCCAUUUCCAGUCUCAACAAGACCACCGAUAACGUCACAGCAGGUGUACAAUGAUUUCAUGCACUUCGAUUCAUCAGAUUCUCUCCCUAAACUUCACGCUGAUUCAAGCUGUUCAGAACACGUGCCUUCGAUGGAGGUCACGUGCGAGAGGGAAGUUCAAAGCGAACCGAAAUUAAGCGAAUGGGAGAAAACAAUAGCCCUUGAUUUUCCGUUUAAUUACACUGAUGCCACCGCGGAUAACAGCUUACAGAGCUGUUAUGAGAUGUCGCCACUUCAGGAUAUGUUCAUGUACCUGCAAAAUCCCUUUUGAGAAAUAGCCAAGGAUGAUGGUUGAUUUACAAGAAUAGCCUUCAGGAAGGCAGGAAUUUUUUCCUUAAUGGUCAAAAGUUUGAGAUUGCACAUUUACGAGGUUAUUGGGUGUAAUUUGUUGGAGUGAUGAAGUAAGUGGGGGUCCCUGCUUCAAUUUUUUGUCGCACGUGCAAAAGAGACCGAGGUCAAUGACAGGGCAUGUGCGGAUGUUUGUACAACGUUUGGCUCUUCUUUUGCUUUCACAUUGGUGAUUGCUUUAGAAAAAGAAAAGAAAAAAAUUGGUGUAUAUUGUUAAAAAAAACGAAGAAGAAGAAGUUGUAGAAUCGUAUAUUUAUUGUAUUUUUUAUUAGAAUACAUUAAGUAUAACAGUUUUGGAUGUACUCCCAAUGGGAAUUUGUCAUUGUCAUCGUAGUAAGUGAUCUCGUUGACUUAUUGGACUAGCUAGAUUGUACGAACAUGCCCUUUCCGUUUCAAUUUAUGUUAAUUUAUUUUUUUAUUAA